AUGCCGUCCACAGGCACCGUGAAGUCCUUCAACCCUGCGAAGGGCUGGGGAUUCAUCGACUGCUGCGGCGUUGAUAUCUUCGUCCACGUGAAGCACUGCGUCACGGGCCAGCCGGAGGUCGGUGACCUGCUCACCUUUGACAUCGAGAAGAAUCCGAAGCACCCAGAGCAGCCUCAAGCGAAGAACGUGAAAGGAUGCACCGGGAAGCGGGCAGACGAGAUCAACAAGCAGCUCAUCGCGAACAUGCUGGGCAUCUCCGACUUAACCCCCCAGGAGGCGAAGGUCGAGUCCCCGAAGGGCGCCUUCCAGGGGAUGGUUUGCUUCUGGAAUCCAGAAAAAGGCUUCGGGUUCAUCGAGCCCGAUGUUUACAAACAGCCGGUCCUCCUGCAAGCACAAGACUACCGGGGCCAGCCCACUGUUGGGGAGCGUGUCUUCUUUGAUGUGGAGCCUUUCAAAAUGGACGACUCCAUGCAACUUAAGGCCAUCAAUGUGAGUAGCAUGAAUGCGCCUGCUGCGAAGGAGGAGGGUUAUGGGCCCAUGACCGAUGAGCGGGGUCAGAAUCGGAUUUCGCCCAUGGACGGACACAAGUCUGACAAACGUAUCCGGGGCGUCAUCCACUCUUGGAUCGCAGAGAAAGGAUGGGGUUUCGCCACCAUUCCAGGCUGCACUGACAUCUUCGUGCAUUCUCACCAUUGCGUGGGCGGAUUCGUCCCCACCCAGGGGGACGUUCUUGAGUUCGAGCUUGAGCGCGGGAAGAAGAAAGACGGGACACCCUCCUUCACCGCCAUCAAUGUGUCGCCAGCAUCGGACAAGACGGCAGUCCCCACACUGGGUCCUCUGGGCUCGAUGCCAGCCGGUCAGAAUCAGAAGGUCGUUCCGCCCAGAAAUCAACCGAAGUCGUCGGUUCCGGUGGGUGUGCAGCGGAUGCUGGCGAAGAAGGCGAUGAAGCAGGCGGCCGCCAACAGCUCCAUGUUGCCGCUCAUGGGAUAA